CUCCAGUCCCGCAUAGUGAUCUUCUCUUUUCGCUACCUACUGACAUGGCAAUAUAUACGUUGAUCUAGUACCUGGACACAUCAAGCAUUAGGCAAGUCGUCUUGAGCGCCUGGCCUAUGUCACAGGAACCAUGUUCUACUACAUUUCAUUCUUGCGGCCACCUCCCACCCAAGCCGCCUUAUCUGGUGAACCCAUCCUGAUCACCCCUCAAAUCGCCAAUGAUCUACGGACAGAAUAUUACACAGACGCUCAAGAUAUAUUUUAUUCGUGGUCCUUGCAUUCGGCCACACCAAGCCCAGUAACAACAAAGCCCGUGAAGUUGACGAGCUGGAGGGCAUCUACGAUGUACAAGGAAAUACCCGUCCCACCCCCUCGAAAUGUCCGCAAUGGAGAAUACUGGCGCCUUAUCCUUAGCUCUGGAACAUCACGAAAAGAUCAGGUACUUUCCCUGAACGAUGAAAGUCUGGGGCGCCAACCGUUCCCUGUCCUCUCCGAUCCUAUCUUUUUCUCCGCUCGCCCAAACAAGGCUGUGAAGCAGGAGCGGAUUCAGAGAUCAUAUGCGUUAACUGCAAACAAUAGAGACAAUCCUGUGAUAUUCAAUAUUAUUGAACAAACCUCCUUUGACCUUGACAAGAAAAUAUGGGACAGUGGUAUCGGCCUUAGCUCUUGGUUAAUACAACUUCACUCCGGGAUGGUUGCCAACACCACCCUGGUUUCAAAAGUGAAGAAUACACUCUUCGCCUCCAAAUGCAAUGUUCUCGAGCUAGGCGCAGGAACUGGCAUGGUUGCUAUCGUUCUUGGUAUUUUGCAAGGCCUUGAUAUUCCUGUCACAGCAGGAAAGAUCAUAACCACCGAUUUGCCCUCUGCUCUGCCCCUAUUGCAGAGCAAUAUAAGUUCGAAUCAAUCUCUCUACCACCCUGGAAACGCGCCUAAGGGCGUUGUUCUCGACUGGGAUGAACUUGACAUAUCCACCCAGGUGGCAUCAUUCGUCAAUGGCAUCGAUGUGAUUGUGAUGGCAGAUGUUACAUAUAACACUGCAUCGUUCCCUGCACUCAUAGGAACACUCUCCAGGCUUAUCAUGUUCUCAAUGAGUGGCACGCAAGCAAAACCUCCACUGAUCAUUCUUGGUUACAAAGAGCGAGAUGUGGCAGAACGUACUCUUUGGGAAAUGGCAGAGAAAAUCGGCAUACGUUUUGAGGAGGUCGCACAAAUUCCUGGAGCGGAGGGCCCACCUGUUGAGGUUUGGGUGGGGACGGUGUUAGUAAAUACACAGUGAGCUUACCAUAUCAUAUUCGGAAGCGACAUUAGUCGGAUCCGCGAAGUAUCGACUAGCUGAGGU